CGCAGCCAGAUCGUAAAAUACCGAGACUACUCGGUUAUGGGUUGAGUGAUGACUUUUAUCCAAUGCUUUAUUCUUUAAAUCAUGAAGCAUGAAGUACUUGCCAGGUAAAACCUUGCUUCUGUAUCGCUUAGAAAAAAAUCACGAAUUUCUUUUAUUGGCGUGGUGACUCGAGUCAAAUAAUAUUCUACUGCUUAGCAUGUUUUAUAUUGUGUUAUGUAUUUACGAAGUUGUGUAAAAGACCGUCAAAAAUGGGGUUACAAGUUGUAGAUCCCCAUCGUGGGCACUCCUGGGACGAAACAGACUUUAUCUACAGUAAACCAACAUAUUGCAAUUGGUGUAAAAUGCCAGUAUUACGAGGCAGUUAUUGUAGUACUUGCGGCCUGUGUGUACAUGAUAAUUGUCUGGAUGCGGCCAACAAGAAACAUGCUUGUAAGGUCGUUGUCUUGUCGAGACGAAACUCUAUGAAGCAUCACUGGAUUCGUGGCAAUCUUCCAUUGACUAGCAUUUGCGAUGUUUGUCGUACUCAUUGUGGAACUGAACCGCGUCUUUGUGACUUGCGUUGCGUAUGGUGUCAGAGAGCAAUUCACGAGAAUUGUAUGAAAACGCUGUCACGAGAUUGCAACUUUGGUAAAUUUCAAAGUAUGAUUUUACCGCCGUACUGCAUCACCGUCAAAUAUGAACGCUGGAAUAGUGCGUAUAGUCGUUAUGUUGUUCGUGAAGUUCACCCUCCGAAGUUUAAAAAAUGGUCGCCAUUGCUUGUGUUGGCUAACAGGAAGAGUGGAGAAGGCGAAGGAAAUAGAUUAUUGAAGGCUUUUAAACAAUAUCUUAAUCCAGUUCAGGUUGUUGAUCUGUUAGAGGCACCACCUGAAUCUGCCUUGGAUUUCUGUCGACUCUUACCCAGCCAUCGCUGUCGUAUAUUAAUCUGUGGAGGUGAUGGUACUGUUGGUUGGGUCCUCGGAGCUUUAGAUUGUGCUAACAUUAAGAUUGCCCCCCAUGUGGCUGUGCUUCCACUGGGGACUGGGAAUGAUCUAGCUCGUGUGUUAGGUUGGGGGAGUGGUUAUACUGGAGAGGAAGAAAUAGCUGAAAUAUUGGAGAGUGUUGAAAAUGCCUUUGCUACACCAUUAGAUAGAUGGCAAAUCAGAAUAGACUCCUACAUGUUCAUGCAUGUUCCCAAACCAAGAAAGUUGUUUAAGAUGAACAAUUAUUUUUCUGUUGGAGUUGAUGCAACCGUUGUUUUGAAGUUUCACUUACAUCGCGAGAAACAACCGUCACUGUUCAGUAGUCGCUUGUUGAACAAAGCAAUUUAUUUCGGUUAUGGCGUAAACGAGGUCUUGGAGUCAAAUUGUAAGAAUCUUCAAGAAAAAAUCGAGCUGGAGCUGGAUGGUCGUGUAAUUGAGUUACCAGAGUUGGAAGGUGUUGUUGUAUUAAAUAUAAAUAGCUGGUGUGCUGGAGUUCAAAUGAUUCCAAUUGAUGGUAGAAAAGACCUCCCCCCUGUUAGUUUCAGUGACGGUAAACUUGAAGUGUGUGGUCUGUACUCGUCCUUUCACAUUGCCCGAAUGCAGGUUAAUCUUGCUGAUCCACUCUUACUGGGUCAAGCCCAUACAGUUAAGAUACGAGUCAAGGAAAAAUGUCAAUUGCCAAUGCAGAUUGAUGGAGAGCCCUGGGAACAAGGACCAGGUUCAUUGACAAUAACACACCUUACUCAAACUAUCAUGUUAUCUAAUGGUUCUGUCACGUGACGUGACGUCACAUAGGUGUUGCCAUUUUUGGCUCAAAAAUGAUAGGGGAUGAUUUUAGCGUCAGUUAUGAAAUGGUUUUGUGCAUACGUUCGCAUAAGGUGUAUAUAUAUUGUUCAAAAAUAAAAGUUUCUCCGGAUUUUCAUAAAUAAUUUUAUCGAGCUUUCGAGUCGUUGCUUCGAGCCUUCAUCUGAGUGAGGAAAUUAUCUAUUUACAUGUGCUUUUAGCUUGUAGACGCUAAGAGCGUCUAAUUGGAUUAGCGGGUGGAUUAAUGCGAUUGGAUGGUGUGGAAUGCGGAGAACUUUUAUUUUUGAAAUAUAUAAUGCCUGGAUUGCCAAUCUUUAAACAUAUAUAUGUAUAGAAAAAGUUUUCUGUACAAUGCUAUGCGCGCUAUCACUACAGUGCAAUGGUUAAUCUUACCCAAUAUUAUGGUUGUAUUUACAUACAUACAUACAUAUACAUAUUUUCCAUAUA